GCCGAGCUGAGGGUGGGGGGUGGAGAGCUGGGAGUUGUCAGCGGAGAGCGUGGGGUUCGCUGUUUUGGCCGGAUGCGGAGCUGGCAACUCCGGCUGACUUAAGCUGGCGGGCAAAGGGCAAUCUCUGAGCUCCCGGCGCUCCAGGAGCAGCCUCUUUUGUAGAAGCAUCUGAAAUGCAGGGUCUGGUGCACUAAGCAAUAGCGACAACACCAGCUCCAGCGACAGCUCUGGGGCCCUGUGUAGGAGCUCCAUCCCCUUGUCUUUGUGUCCGCCUGCGUCCCCAGACCCAGAGGUUAUCUUGGAAGAUCUAGGACUCCGAAAAUGUUUCCCUUGAAGGAUGCGGAAAUGGGUGCCUUUACCUUCUUUGCCUCUGCUCUGCCACAUGAUGUUUGUGGAAGCAACGGGCUUCCUCUCACACCAAAUUCCAUCAAAAUUUUAGGGCGCUUUCAAAUCCUUAAGACCAUCACCCACCCCAGACUGUGCCAGUAUGUGGAUAUUUCUCGGGGAAAGCAUGAGAGACUGGUGGUGGUGGCUGAACACUGUGAACAGAGUCUAGAAGACUUGCUUCGAGAAGGGAAACCCGUGAGAUAUUCAAAGGUUUUGUGCAUAGCAUUUGAGAUACUUCAGGGCUUGCAGUAUAUGAACAAACAUGGUAUAGUACACCGGGCACUGUCUCCUCAUAAUAUCCUUUUGGAUCGAAAGGGACAUGUUAAAUUGGCUAAAUUUGGACUUUAUCACAUGACAGCAUAUGGUGAUGAUGUUGAUUUCCCAAUUGGGUAUCCAUCAUACUUGGCACCUGAGGUAAUUGCACAAGGAAUUUUCAAAACCAAUGAUCAUGUGCCAAGUGAGAAACCAUUGCCUUCUGGCCCCAAAUCAGAUGUCUGGUCUCUUGGAAUCAUUUUAUUUGAGCUUUGUGUGGGAAGAAAACUAUUUCAGAGUUUGGAUAUUUCUGAAAGACUAAAAUUUUUGCUUACACUGGACUGCAUAGAUGACACUAUAAUAGUUCUGGCUGAAGAGCAUGGUUGUCUGGACAUUAUAAAGGAGCUUCCUGAAAAUGUGAUAGAUCUUUUGAAGAAGUGCCUCACCUUCCACCCUUCUAAAAGGCCAACCCCAGAUGAAUUAAUGCAGGACAAUGUGUUCAGUGAAGUGUCACCUUUAUACACUCCCUUUACCAAACCUACCAGCCUGUUUUCUUCUUCUCUGAGAUGUGCUGAUUUAACUCUGCCUGAGGAUAUCAGUCAGCUGUGUAAAGAUAUAAGCAGUGAUUACCUGGCAGAAAGAUCUAUUGAAGAAGUGUAUUACCUUUGGUGUUUAGCUGGAGGUGACUUGGAAAAAGAGCUUGUGAACAAGGAAAUCAUUCGAUCCAAACCACCUAUCUGCACACUCCCCAAUUUUCUCUUUGAAGAUGGUGAAAGCUUUGGACAAGGUCGAGAUAGAAGCUCACUAUUAGAUGACACCACUGUGACAUUGUCAUUAUGCCAGCUAAGAAAUAGAUUAAAAGAUGUUGAUGGAGAAGCAUUUUACCCACUACUUGAAGAUGAUCAGUCUAAUUUACCUCAUUCAAACAGCAAUAAUGAGCUGUCUGCAGCUGCCACUCUCCCUUUAAUCAUCCGAGAGAGGGACACAGAGUACCAACUAAACAGAAUCAUUCUCUUUGACAGGCUGCUAAAGGCUUAUCCAUAUAAAAAAAAUCAAAUCUGGAAAGAAGCAAGAGUCGACAUUCCUCCUCUUAUGAGAGGUUUCACCUGGGCUGCUCUUCUGGGAGUUGAGGGGGCUAUUCAUGCCAAGUAUGAUGCAAUUGAUAAAGAUACUCCAAUUCCUACAGAUAGACAAAUUGAAGUGGAUAUUCCUCGUUGUCAUCAGUAUGAUGAACUGCUGUCAUCACCAGAAGGUCAUGCAAAAUUUAGGCGUGUAUUAAAAGCCUGGGUCGUGUCUCAUCCUGAUCUUGUGUAUUGGCAAGGUCUUGACUCACUUUGUGCUCCAUUUCUCUAUUUAAAUUUCAAUAAUGAAGCCUUGGCUUAUGCCUGUAUGUCUGCUUUUAUCCCCAAAUACCUGUAUAACUUCUUCUUGAAAGACAACUCGCAUGUAAUACAAGAGUAUCUGACUGUAUUCUCUCAGAUGAUUGCAUUCCAUGAUCCAGAGCUAAGCAAUCAUCUCAAUGAAAUUGGAUUUAUUCCAGAUCUCUAUGCCAUCCCUUGGUUUCUCACCAUGUUUACUCAUGUAUUUCCACUGCACAAAAUUUUCCACCUCUGGGAUACCUUACUGCUUGGGAAUUCCUCCUUCCCAUUCUGUAUCGGAGUAGCAAUUCUUCAGCAGCUGCGUGACCGGCUUUUGUCUAAUGGCUUUAAUGAGUGCAUUCUUCUCUUCUCUGAUUUACCAGAAAUUGACAUUGAACGUUGUGUGCGAGAAUCAAUCAACCUGUUUUGUUGGACUCCUAAAAGUGCUACUUACAGACAGCAUGCUCAACCUCCAAAGCCAACUUCUGAUAGCAGUGGAGUCAGAAGUUCAACACCUUAUUUCUCCACUGAGUGUCCAGAUCCUCCAAAAACAGAUCUGUCAAGAGAAUCCAUUCCAUUAAAUGACCUAAAGGCAGAAGUAUCACCCCGGAUUUCAGCAGAGGACCUGAUUGACUUGUGUGAGCUUACAGUGACAGGCCACUUCAAAACACCCACCAAGAAGACAAAGUCCAGUAAGCCAAAGCUCCUGGUAGUUGACAUCCGGAAUAGUGAAGAUUUUAUUCGGGGUCACAUUUCAGGCAGCAUCAACAUUCCAUUCAGCACUGCGUUUACUGCGGAAGGGGAGCUUACCCAAGGGCCUUACACUGCCAUGCUCCAGAGCUUCAAAGGGAAGGUCGUUGUCAUCGUGGGGAAUGUGGCAAAGCACACGGCAGAGGGUAUUGUAAAUGGCUCUCCUAUUAAAGGAUCAAUCGGGGAAAGGAAAGAGGAGAAAAGGAGGAAACUAGCUUUACAUUUGCGGCUCAUCUUGUGAAGAUGAAGUAUCCAAGAAUCUGUAUUCUAGAUGGUGGCAUUAAUAAGCUCAAGCCAACAGGCCUCCUCACUGUCCCAUCUCCUCAAAUAUGAAGAACAGGAGUCUGGCUGUCAAAAGGACAGAGUGGCAUCACCCCCAGCAGCACAGCUCUUCACAGCCUUGCCACUCUAAGGCAGAACUAGACUUCCAGAUUGUUACAUUUCCAUUUCAAGUUUUGUCAUGAGACAUUUUAUUUUUAAUCUCAUGACCGAAAUGUUCAGCUAUCCAGGCAACAAACUUGACUGUACAUGUAUUCCUGAAAGAAUUUUCUUAACAAUGAAAUCCGAUCACGUAUUUUUACCACACCAACGCAAAGCCAGAAGAAUUCAACUGACGAGGCAGAUUUAGCAUUAUCGAGAAGUCUCAGUUACACUGAAAAGGCUGUCUUCCAUUGCACUGAACAGACAGUCCUAACAAAGGUAUUCUUUAGAAAUAUAGGCUGCAUGUGAGCUGAAAUCAUCCUUCCAUGAUAAUGAAAACUGAAAAGCUAUUCACAAUACAUUCCUUAUAAGUAAAUGCUAUAUUUGGUAACUCAUUUUGGGCCCAGAUAUAUAUGUGUGUGUGUGUGUGUGUGUGUGUGUGUUUAGAGGGAGUAGAAUUUAACCCUUUGGAGAAAGUAAUAACAGUUUACUUCCAGAAAAAUGAAAGUCAGAAACCAUUCAUAUUAUAUAGAAUAUUUUUUCAGCUCCUGUAGCUGAGACACCCAAAAUAAGAGUGACUUAGACAAGCUAGAACUUUAUUUGUCUCUCACAUAAAAGUCUGCAUAGUCAAUCUAGGGCUAGUGUAUAUUGGUUUCAUUAUCAUUAAGAACUCAGGUGUCUGUUCUCAUUCUUUACCACCCUCAACACUUAGUUUCUAUCUCAUAGAUCAAGAUGGCCGUUAGCUCCCACCAUCAUAUCUACAAUUUAGAAGGAAGGGAAUGAAGGAGGGAGGGGAAAAAAAAAAAGAGAGAAGGAAAAAGUAAGGAGGGAGGAAAGAAAGGAGAGAAAGGAGGGCAUGCUCCUUCUCUUUAAGGGCACAAACCAGAAGGUGCACAUAUUACUUCUGCGUACACACCACUCACCAGAACUUACACAUGUGGCCACAACUAGCUAUCAAGAAAAUCUGGAAUACAGUUUUGGCUGGGCAGCCAUUUACCCAGUUAAAAAAUUUUAUUACUGUGUGAGAAGAGGCAAAUACAUUGAGGAACAACUGGCAGCCUCUGUCACAUUAUUCAAAAAAUUAAGCAUUUCACUGAAGCUAAGAUAUAUCACAAUUUUAUGUACCAUGAAGAAAGAAAAAAAGCAGCCAAAUAAACUGUGACACACCAGCAAUGAUAAGAUUCAUUUCCAUUUCAGAAAUGUGAAAAAAAUAUGCAUCUUAGAAUUAUUAAAAUACAGUACAUCUUUUUUAUUAUUUUCAAUUUUGUUUUAACUAAAACAUGUUCUUUCAUCUUUAACUUAUAUUCUUCUUCAAUGUUAGGACUACCUAGGUAGAACAUUUCAAUGAGAGCCUCAAUGAACCUUUCUUAACUAUGGUUUUAUUGUUGCUGUUUGUUUUGGGUGUUUUGGGCAUCUAUUUUUUUAUUCAGAUAUAAUCACAUACCUUAAAAUUCACCCUUUUAAAAUGUACAAUUCAUGUUUUUUAGUAGAUUCACAAACCUGUGUAAUCAUCACUACUAUCUAAUUUCAGAACAUUUUCAAAACCCAAAAAAGAAAUCCUAUACCUAUUAGCAGUCAUUCCCCAUUGACCUCUCCCAAGGUCUUUAAUUUAAUUUUUGUACAUGGAGUGAGGUUAAGUAUCCAACUUCGUUCUUGCAUGUGGCUAUCAAGUUAUCCCAGCAGCAGUGUUAUUUUGUUUGUUUUGCUCAAUUAUAUUCAGUCAUUCACCAAAUACAUUUUGUAUACCUACUAUUUAUAAGACACUGACAUAAUCAGUGGUUAUAUCAUUCUGUGAUCUUUACAUAAUAUACAAAGAAAAAAUGUGAGAAUUAAUGAGAAAAGAAAAUUUUACCAUGAUUUCUCUAACAUCAUUUUUGGGCCAUUAUCUACCCUGGUUAGGAAAAUAAGUCCUCCUGCCCUUGCCUUCAAUCUUUGAUGACUUAUUUGACUUCAUAAUCAUAGUGCAGCACUGAUGAUCAUUUGGAAGGAAUGGUUCUGAGUCUUAACUUUGCCUUCCUGAGAAAGCAGAGGAAAGAUGGAGCAGCAGAGAUUUGAACUGAACGGGGUGGUAGGUAGUGAGAGAGAGUGAAGACCUGAGUGUUGUGAGGAGAGCUGUGGGAGCAGAUAAUAGUAGCCAACCUCCCUCACAAUUUUGCAAUUGGUCUUUCUUAAAACUUGAUACGUUUAGGCUUAUUUUGAAAAAAAUGGAAGUUUUUUUAAACAUUGAAAUUACGAAUAAUAUGUAAUAUUCUCAACAGUAAAAUAAGAAAGAGCAUACAGUCACUGCCAUGUCUACAUGAAGGGCAUGUUAUUUGAUGGCAGAUGAUUUCAACAAAGUUGACCUCAACACCUAUGUGUUGAAUUAAACCUUUGUAGAGGUCGUUUUUAAUAUAUUAUUGACUCCUACACUGUCACUGUCAACACUGUUUGUUUCUGGCAUCAGCAGUCUCUUCCCUCUGCCUGGAAUGCCCU